CUCUCUCUCUCCUUCACCAAAACUAGGGCUUCCUUCUCAAACUAACAGACCUAAAUCCUUCUAAUCUCCACCAAACAACUCAUUUCGUGAUCAUUGGGUGGAGUAGUGUGGACUUCUCUUCCUGUUAAGUUCUUUCCAGAGGAGCAGAGUUGGUGAAAAUGGAAGCAAAGUUUUUCAAGUUUCUUAAGAUAGUUGGUGUGGGUUACAAAGCCAGAGCUGAAGCUCAAGGGAGGUUGCUGUUUCUGAAAUUGGGUUACAGUCAUGAGGUUGAGUUGAUUGUGCCGCCUGCUAUUCGGGUCUUUUGCUUUAAGAACAAUGUGGUUUGCUGCACCGGAAUCGAUCAGGGGAGGGUGCACCAGUUUGCGGCUGCCGUUCGGGGCUGUAAGCCGCCGGAAGUGUACAAAGGGAAGGGGAUAAUGUACAUUGAUGAGGUUAUAAAGAAGAAGCAAGGGAAAAAGUCCAAGUGAUUGAUUCAAUGUCGUAGACUUUAUCUUCCUUGGAUGUGGUGAUGAAUUUGGAGAAGGGCCGUGCACAAGGCCUAGGACGGGCAAGAGGCCGAGGCCGAGCGAAGGCUGGAGGCCGAGUCUGCAAUGUGGAGAACCUCUAUGAGGCAGGUGGCACAAGAAGUCG